AUGAGUGAGGAUGGUCUCUCGUUCAUGCUUCUUGUCUUCCUUUCCUUGUUAUUGUACGCUGCCGAGACGCUGAGAGAGAGAAUGUUUGACAUUUCGCCACAAGAAGAGAAAACACGCCCACGAAAGAAGAAGAAAGCUGAGACUUACGAGGCCAACGGCGUCGAAGCGACCCUGCGGCGCGUGGUUUCGCGUUCCAGACGGGACACCACCCAACGGCGUCUUAACACCGGAACCGUUUGA